AUGCUCAAUAACUGCAGUGAAUUCUUACGAAGAAUCGAUUAAUUCGGAGCUAGCUAUAAACCUAGCUAUGCUUAUGGUGAAGUUUAAUAUAAAACUUCAUUGGGAGGAUUGCUAUCAAUUGUCUUAUAUGGAUUAAGUUUAGCUUAUCUAGUAUAUGAAAUGGUGCUUUGGAGAUCAGGUAGAAUACUUCCGAAAAUCACAUCAUUGCAUACUGAAAUUGAAACAUAUGAAUUAUCUUUUGAUCAAAUAACUAUAGCAUCAUUUUGUUUAAGAAAACACAAGAGUAUUUAGAAAUAAAUUGAUCCUUUUGAUCCUAGUCAUGUUGUUUUAUUACCAAUGUUAUAUGAAAUUGUAGAUGAUGAACUCUAAAAACCAUUACCGUUACUUUCUACAAAAAAAUCAGAAAAGCAUUAAACUAUUUUAAUUGAACUCAAAGAUGUUAUAUUAUCAAAUAAUGAACAUGAAUCAGUUGAUCAUCCCAACAGAGAAUAUAUGCUUAUAUUGUAAUAAUGCGUUUAGGAUCUAUUACCUUCAGGAUGGCUUUGUGCAAAUGAAGAUACAGUUAAAGACUUUUUUAACUAAAAAUAAAACUAAUUAACAAUCUAAACAUUUGUUAAUUAAUAUAAUACUUCUACAAGAUAAUUAGAUUUAGUUGAGCAAGAUUAUUAUGCUUCAAUUGACAAUAAAACUACAUAUUUUAGCUAAAUAACUAUUUGUACAUCUAAUGUAUCAAUUGACACUGGAUUUUUAUUAGAAAGUACGGAAAUUAUGGAAUUUCCUAGUUCAACUUAAUAAUAUAUUCAGUAAAUGGAUUUAGAUUAUUUUACCCAUACUUUUCAUGAAGAAGUGUAUGUAGUUUUUGAAUUUGAGUUAGGAACCUUAUAAUCAACAGUUUUUAUAGAAUAUCCUAAAAUUUCAGAAGUUUUAGCAAACAUUGGAUCAAUAAUUUCCUUCUUUCUAUUUUUUUCUCAUGUGGCCUAUAUCAUUAAUGAAAAAAAUCUUGAAUUAAGAGUUGUAAGAACCUUGAUAGAAAUGUAUUAUCCUUAAGUUAAAGAAAUUACAUUUAUUAAGAAUUUCUUUGGUAAAGUGAUUGAAAUUCGAUAUUAAAAGUAGAAAGUAGCAUUUACAUUCUUAGAAACUUAUAAGAAAUUAUUAAAAAUUGCAUCUGCUAAAUUAUGUUUAACUAAUACACUUUAUGAAAUCUCAAGAUUAUAAUUCAUUCUAAGAUCAAUAAGCGAUAGAGAAGUCCUUAAAAAUUGUCAUGAAAUUGGAAUCAGAAUAAAAUCUCUUGAAUUAGAAACAGAUAUUGAAAAAUAAAAUGCAUUAAAAAUUGAUCAUAUAAAGAAUAAUUAAGAGUUGAAGUAGGAAAUUAUUGAUAAUAUUUCGAUUGAUAACUAAAAUCAAAGCAUUUUGAAAAUUGUAAUUCUUAAUUUUUUAUUAAUUAGAUACCUUAGACCAUAGUAGAUGGACCUUCUUAGGUAGUGUAAUUCUAAUAAUUAAAUUAAUCUUAAAGUUUUUUUUUAGGAAAGAACUUAUAACCAUAAGAAUCAAUAGAUGAUGAUUUGAAAUUAACAGAUGAGGAUUUCUAUAUUCUAAUGUAGUAAUAACCAAAAAUAAAAGAUUUAAAUAUUAUUGAAUUAUAUGAAACAGUAACACCUAAAGGUCAAUUGUAAAAUAAUCAAAAUAACUCGUCAAACUGA